AUGAAUGUCAGCAACAGUAGCAAUGGAAGUUCUUUCGGUGACGGUAGUGGUGGAUUGGGUCAACCCUCAAGAUCUGGCUCAUCUGCUAUCACACCUCUACAAAGAAACGUUGCUCUUUAUGGUUAUUUAGUUCUUUUCAUCUUUGGCUUUUUUGGUCAUUCGAUGAGUUUAACUAUCUUUCGUCGUCCAACUCUUUGCAAAGUAUCAACAAGCACACUCUUCAUCUAUAUGACAAUAUCCGAUCUCAUUUAUCUCCUCGCAUGUUUCUAUACAUUUAUUUUUCUUGGCCUCAAUGUUUCAAGAGAAAACAAGAAUAUGAUGAAUCAACUAUGUCGUGCUUAUUCAUUUCUUCAAUACUUCUGUAUGUGUUGUACAGCUUGGUUUCUGUUAACUAUCACCAUUGAUCGAUGGCUUCGCGUUCGAUUUCCAUUCCGAGUCAAAGAACUGUGCACACGACAACGAGUGACCAUCGGUGCAUGUGUCAUUGUGAUCGUCUCUGCUGCUCUCAACUCUCAUCUGGCUUCACCAUUCAUAGGAGUUGUUGGUGAUGCGACUGUUUGUUCCACUUAUUCAACAGCAAGUGCAGCAUAUCAGUAUUUCUACUCAACGAUUUGGCCAAUACUAAUCACAAUUCUUCAAAUAAUCCUGCCAACAAUACUUCUCUUAGCAUUCAGUAUCAGCAUGUUUGUUGAACUUCGUCGACAACAGCAAAAAAAGACACAGUUAAGACGCAGUGAUGGUGGUGGCCGUCGUCGUGUUUUUCUCGAUCGACAAAUUUUGUUGAUCAUGAUCUCAAGCAUCAUCCUGUUUUUCAUCACUCAGAUUCCAUUGAGUCUCUUUUACAUUCUCAUGACCUAUGUUCUACGAUCGAGACUCACAUUGGAACAACUAUUUCAGUUCAACAAUUUUGCCAUUUUGAUUGCUUCGAUCGAUUAUGCAGCAUCAUUCUAUGUUCAUUGUCUAUCAAGUCAAUUGUUUCGUCAAGAAUUUUACAAUGUGAUACAUCUUGUUCGAAAUCGUCGUAUUGGUAUUGUCACACAAUUGUUCGGUCAUGAAGCCACUCAAAACCAAACUCAAUUGGCCCAAUUACAAACUCGAAAAUGA